GACAAAUCAACUUAAAGAUAUUUUUGAACAAACAGAAUCAAUAACAGGAUUAAACCAGUUUGCGUUAACCAAAACGUGCGUCAAAGUACUACCAGUCGCUUUUCUCAAAGGAUAAUCAGAAAAAAAUAAUUGCCGACUGCCUUCAAGUAUGACUACUGCCCCAAAUGGAGAUGACCUUUCAUUUGGCAAAAACCAUGGCCUAACAACAGUACUCAACUGGCAUGAGCACAACCGACGAGUCUUAAAAGGCGACAUAAUUGGCAUCACCGAUGACAACACUUCUAUCACCAAAAACUGUGUCGUGAAAGUGAAUCAGACUUCAUGCGAAGAUUUUAGUGACAGUACCGAUCAACUGAAGCAGAGAACUAGACAUAUUAACUACUGGAAAUCAGAAUUAGAAAGGGCCAUACGAGACAUCGAUGCUGAAAUUUCAGUACUCGAAGCACAAAGACAACAAGUCAAAAAUGCUAUGGACACUCUUACAAUACCUGAGUAUAUAAAAGAUGAAUGCAUAGAUUUAAGGCGUAAUAGAAUGCAAUCCGAUUUAGUAUACGAUGAACCACAAGACGAACUAUAUACAGAGUCAGCGUUGAUAGAAAACGUCAAAAAGCUGCACAGAGAAAUAUUAAGAGACAUAGAAAAUCAGAUGAAAAUGAAUGUUGCUGCGAAAAGUGCUCUAGAAAGGGACUGGAGCAAUAAAUAUUUGGCUUUUAAAUAUGAAAGCGAGAACGCUGAUUUGGAAACGAAAUCAAUUAAUGUUAAGGAUUCUGCAGGAGCAACUCGACUAUCGGAAGGACAAUCUAAUGUUCAGUCGUGGGAACAAUUCACUAUUAAUGCAUUGGAGCAAUUCAAGGGCGCUAUCGAUAGAUCUAAAGAGUUGAGAAGUAAGGUAGAAGCGAUAUUAAUAAAUAGUGCGAGAGAUUUGAGAUCACAAGAUAUUAAGGUAAACAAAGCAUUGAGCGAACGUAUAGCUCGAACUGAGCAAGUGAAAACUGAAUUGGAGAAUCAGCUACGCUUAACAAUGAGUAAAAUUGUCGAGACGGAGAAUAUUCUGGAGAUGUUGCAUGAAGAAAUUAUGAAGAUAUCGCAACGUAUUCAAGUGGCUCAAACGAGGCUGAACACUAAAAAUUGUAGGCCCAACGUCGAGAACUGUAGAGAAGGCUCGUUGAUCGGUUUGAUUGAAGAAGUAAGAGACUUAAAUGACAGCAUGAGCCUUCUUCAAAAGAGAUCGUUGAAAACGGAGAAACUGAGAGCGGAGCUGAUUCACGAGAGAUCUAUUUUGGAGAAUGAGAUAAUAGUGAAGAAGAAGACACUACAUAUCGAUAACGAGAGAUGCCUAUUUUUAAGAUCUCAUUUUCAAUCAGCUGAGAAAAUGUGUGGGUUUUAA